AUGGCAAGCCAGCGAGACGACGACUUAGACUCGAUGUACUCGGAUGAUCUUCAGGUCCAGAAUCUCGUCCUUGGCACCAUCGAGGAACAAGACGCUGCCAGAGAAGCGUGCGCUGACGGUGACAACGACCCGGAUGUUGUCGGCUCAGUCGUCUCCAGCGUGGAGAGCUGCUUUGAUGAUGUAAGCCUUGGAGCGUCAGCCCUCAGAAUCGAAUCUCGGGAUCACUCGUCAAUGGAGGACGGGCUUUAUCUUUGGUGGCCGUCUGACCUGACUUCUGGCCUUCACCAGGUGGAAAUAUCGACCGCCACAGACCCGAACGAAGGCAGCAACGGAGAUCCUGACCCCGAACCUGACGCCGGCCUCGAAUCCAAUCCCGACUCACUUUCGAACCCAGCCUCGUCACCGGAACAGGCAGAUUCCCAGACAGAAGGCCCGCCCGACCACCCUGCGUUUCCUAUCUUAUGGGCAAGAGCGCCCAGACACUAUGAAAUUGAAGAAAUGCCAGGAUUCCUUCACUUUGAUAUACAAAAUGGGCGCAGAGUGGCGAUAUUCGACGAGAGAACGUGGAAGGAGGGUUUCACUCGUGGCUUGAGGAGGCACAUCAUGAAGCGGGCCAGGCGGGAUGAUGAUUGUGAUGAAUGA